AUGGAACAAAAAAUUAAGUCGCUGUUAUUUAUUAAAAUUAUUAACAGUGAAUUUAACAAAUCGUUAGUUGAAAGCUACAAUAAUCGUAGUAACUUAUAUAAAAGGAAUUAUCGUCUAAUGGCAAAAUAUAAGCGCGAUAAGCUUUCAACUACAGUAUGUUUAAAAGAAGAGGUACAAAAUGGAGUACAAGAUAAAAAAGAUAUAAAUAAUAAUGAAAAAUGGGACGAAUAUAAAAAGAAGCAAUCAUGUGGAAGUUCAUCUAUGAGUACAAGAGGCCAUAAGAAAAAUAAAAAAAAUAAAUCAUGUAUAUUUGAAACAAAUAAAUAUUCCAAUUUAGAAAAAAAAAUAUUCAAGGAACUUGAUUACGUAGAUUUUCUUAGAAACAACAGAACAAUUAGUAAUAAAAUUUACAAAAAAAUAAUGCGUAAAAAAUGUUCAUUAAGGAUCGUUUUGCCUUUAUUAUUGUUAUUAUUUUUAUUAAUAACGUUUAUAUUAGAUCUAUCAAAUAGUUUUGGACUCGUAAAAGGGUUGUGUGAAAUAUUGAAUUUAUACGCUAGUAAAUUUUGGUACAGUUCUUUACAUUCGUUUUUGAAGAAAUUCGCCUUUAAAUUGGUUAUUUAA